AUGUCCUCGCCACACAGUGCACCUCCUGACCUUCUGUUCCUCUCGCCGACUGUCAUCUCUGGAGAAGAAGAUGCAGAACCAUACACUGCCGACGUUUUGCUCUCUGACGGUCUGAUCAAAGCUAUCGGCACACUGGAUGGUUCGACACCCCAGAACAUUCAGCGUAUAGACGGAAGAGGAUGUAUACUGUGUCCUGGGUUCGUCGACCUCCACGCUCAUUCAGAUCUGUAUCUUUUGACAGAGCCUGCACACGAGGCAAAGAUCUCACAGGGAUGUACGACCGAAGUCGUUGGCCAGGAUGGGCUAUCCUACGUCCCUGUCCGAAACGCCAAACAGUCCCGUGCGAUCCGAGAUCAGAUAGCGGGCUGGAAUGGGAACCCGACAGAUGAGGAGUGUUCAACGGGUGGAAGAUUGGAAGGAGUGGGCAUGUUCGAAUGGGGAGGCGUGAAGGACUACUUGGAUUGUUUAGAGAAGAAUAGAACAGCAACCAACGUGGCGUUCCUGGUACCUCAGGGGAAUCUUCGAUUACUAGCUUGUGGACCUUAUGAUACCGUUGCUUCAACCUCUGAGAUCCAAGAUCAAGUGGACCUUCUACGUGUCGCCAUGAGCGAAGGAGCGGUCGGCAUGUCAAGUGGCCUGACAUACACGCCUGGAAUGUACGCCUCCAAUUCUGAGCUGGCUGUACUAUGCAAAGUGCUGGGAGAGGAAUACCCUGGAGCAUUUUAUGCGCCACAUCACCGAUCAUACGGCAAGCGAGCGAUCGAAUCGUACGGAGAAAUGCUUGAUCUGGCGAAAGAGACGGGAUGUCCAGUCCACUUGACUCAUGCCACACUCAACUUCUCCGAGAACAAGGGUCGAGCGCCAGAGCUCGUCAGGAUGAUUGAUGAGACUCGAUCCUCAGGAGCGGAUAUAAGUCUCGAUACUUACCCUUACCUUCCUGGAUGUACCACGCUCGCGUCUCUUCUCCCAUCGUGGGCUAGCUCUGGUGGUCCCAGCGAUACACUGGCUCGAUUAGGCGACCCCGAGAUAAGGUCAAAGAUUCAACACGCCGUCGAGGUCAAGGGUUGUGAUGGCGGACACGGAAUCCCGACAAACUGGGACGAGAUACAAAUCGGCAGCACUUCCCAUCCCGACCUUGCGAGCUACUCUGGGAGGCUGCUUGGACCUCUAGCUAAGGAGCUCGAGGCCCAACCAAUCGACCUCUUCUUUGACAUCUUAGUCAAGGAUCGACUGGCGACUUCCGUCAUCAUGCACAUUGGGAACGAGGAGAAUGUCAGAGUCAUGAUGCAGCAUGAGACGCAUUGUUCAGGAAGUGAUGCCAUACUGCACGGGAAGAGUCUACAUCCGAGAGCAUACGGGACGUUUCCAAGGUUCAUCGCCCAUUAUGCCCGGGAUCUCGGACUGAUCCCCGUACCCGACAUGAUCUCCCAUUUGACCUCUCGACCCGCGAAGCGCCUAGGCAUCUAUCCCCAUCGUGGAUGUAUCGCCAAGGGCUCAGCGGCCGAUAUCGUCCUCUUUGAUCCCAAGACCAUCCAAGACAUGUCGACUUACGAAGCACCCAAGACGGUCGCGCAAGGGAUCCGCUGGGUCAUCGUCAACGGUCACGUGGCGAUGGAAGAGGGUGCAUUGACAGGGCGGCGAGGAGGAAAGACCAUCAGGCGACGGGCCGAUGGUUCUGUCGGAACGGCCUUGGAGGUGAAGAUGAGUCAUGCCUCCUCGGUAAAUGGAGACAGCGAUGUGGCGCCACGUUCAAAGGAACCCCUGGUCAACGGCAACCAACACCUAAGCAUCACGGCGUAG